AUGGGGAGCCACAACCUCCAGGUUCCCUGCUCUGCACUCUUCCUGUUGCUAAUCCUGCAACUUCUACCGCGUGGUAGAGCAGAUGGCCUCAAGUACAAAGGGCCUGGCUGGAAAAUACUCCAUCGCCUGGGUCUAGGCAGAAGCUCCAACACCAGCCUGCAAUCUAAUGUGCAUUCAUGUCGGGGCGUCUUUGACCUCUACUUUAUCUUAGACAAGUCGGGCAGCGUAGACAACAACUGGUUUGAAAUUUAUUCAUUCGUGGAAAAUUUAGUGAAGAAAUUCCAAAACUCAAGGGUUCGGAUAUCCUUCAUUCUCUACUCAACAGAUGCCACCGUCCUCAUGCCACUCACCUCGGACAGACAAGAAAUUCGUCAAGGUCUUAACAAACUUCAGCAAGUGGUGCCCGUGGGACACACAUAUAUGCAAGAAGGAUUUAAAAAGGCAAUUCAUCAGAUAGAAGAUGCCAGAUCGUUAGGCAAUGUUUCCAGUGUGAUCAUAGCUCUAACGGAUGGAACACUGUUGCCAGAUGCAUUUGAGGCGACCAAAGAGGAGGCUCACAAGGCUCGGAAACUGGGGUCUAUCAUUUAUACUGUGGGUGUGCUGGAGUACAACAGAGACCAGCUGCUUGCAAUUGCAGAUACGCCAGAGCACAUGUUUGGGGUGCAAAAUGGGUUCAAGGGUUUGCAAAGCAUCGUUGACUCCCUCGCUGCUAGGUCCUGUGUUGAAGCUCGGUCAGUGGAGUUGACAACUCUUUGUGCAGGAGAACCCUAUGAAGUGAUCGUUUCUGGACAUGGUUUUCAGAAUGCAAAACACCCAUCCCUGAUUGUUUGUAGAUUCAAGUUCAACAACAACAUCUUGGUCCCUGGAAGGACGGUCAUUGUCCAAAUCAGCCUGAACAAUGGCAUUACCUUCCUUGGGAACCAGAUCAGCUAUUCCAACAUCAGAUGUUGCCCCCUAGGCCCCUUACACCUGCAGCUAUCAGUGUGUCAAGGAGCCUCCUCCUCCACCACCACCACCAGCAGCAACGGAAGGCACUGUGUCUCCCUGCUGCUACAUUCCUUCAGCCUGCCACCAGACAUUUCCAUGUUGUUCACCCAGGAUCCAGGGCAGAGGCACCAGCUUUGCUGUCAUGAACCCCAGCUGCACACAGGUCCCCUGCCCUACACGGAUCUGCCUCCAACCCAAAAUUACCAAGCCAAGUAUACCAGAACUCCCUCCAAGACGCUGCCACUGCUCUCUCCCCAGGCCCGUAAAUCUGGAGAGUUUCCUUAUUGCCCCUACCCUUAUCGUUCAACUUCUGACGGAUCAAAAACCUAA